UCGGCUUUAGCUACUCUAGUUUAUCACCUUUCCUGUGGGAGCCUCUGCCCUCCCAUUCCUGGGGAAAAGCCUCGCGAGAUCCCCUUCAGUAGUCCCCGGCGGCGCCAUCUUUGUGCCUGGCGAACGACGGCGCCCGACGGAAGCCCCAGAGCCGGCAAACGGCUUGCCAAGCUCUAGGCGAGACCGGAUCCAGGAAAUAUAAGGCGGGCCUCGGUGGGAGGGACGCAGUGAGGGAGGAGGGAGGGAAGGGGGCGGCGGCGACGGUGGCGGUGGCGGCGGUGGCGGCGGCGGCAGCGACAGCAGCAGCGGCGACGGCGGCGGCGGCCGCGGCGCACACUAGACCCGGGUUCGGCGCGGCGCGCACCCGAGGGGGGUCGGGCAGGGAAGCGGCGCCGGCCCGUACCCCCCUGCGGGUGCAGGCGACGGGCGUGCGGACAAGGCGGCGGCCGGGGAGCAGCCGGAAAAUGAUUGUGGUAUUCAAAAAUCAUUACUUUUGGACAGCUAAUUAACAUCCAUUUCCUAAGAAAUACUUGACCAACCAUUUGCUCUGGCAUGGCGCAAAGCAAUCCACAGCUUGAUAUUCAGGUUCUUCAUGAUCUCCGGCAACGCUUCCCUGAAAUUCCAGAGGUUGUGGUGUCUCAGUGCAUGUUACAGAACAACAACAAUCUUGAAGCCUGUUGCCGAGCCCUUUCCCAGGAGAGUAGCAAAUACUUGUAUAUGGAAUACCACAGUCCAGAUGACAAUAGAAUGAAUAGAAAUCGCCUUUUGCAUAUUAACCUGGGUAUCCAUUCUCCUGGUAGCUACCACCCAGGAGAUGGAGCUCAGCUUAAUGGCGGUCGAACACUGGUACAUAGUUCAAGUGAUGGACAUAUUGAUCCACAGCAUACAGCAGGGAAACAGCUGAUAUGUUUAGUUCAGGAACCACACUCAGCUCCAGCUGUUGUGGCUGCUAAUCCCAACUACAAUCCGUUUUUUAUGAAUGAACAGAACAGAAGUGCAGCUACUCCUCCUUCACAGCCACCUCAACAGCCAUCUUCCAUGCAAACAGGAAUGAAUCCAUCUGCUAUGCAAGGGCCUUCACCGCCACCACCACCUCCUUCGUACAUGCACAUACCUCGGUAUAGUCCAAAUCCAAUUACUGUUACAGUAUCCCAGAAUCUCCCUUCAGGACAGACUGUACCCAGAGCUUUACAGAUUCUUCCACAAAUUCCAAGCAAUCUCUAUGGGUCUCCUGGUUCUAUUUAUAUUAGACAGACAUCUCAGAGUUCAUCAGGAAGACAGACUCCUCAGAAUGCGCCAUGGCAGUCCUCACCACAGGGCCCAGUGCCUCACUAUAGCCAACGCCCUUUACCUGUUUAUCCACACCAACAAAACUAUCAACCUUCUCAGUAUUCUCCCAAACAGCAGCAGAUCCCUCAGUCUGCUUACCAUUCUCCACCUCCUUCUCAGUGUCCCUCACCUUUCAGCUCACCACAGCAUCAAGUACAGCCUUCCCAGUUGGGCCACCCAAGUUCCCACGUCUUUAUGCCACCCAGUCCUUCAACUACUCCACCCCAUCCAUAUCAACAAGGACCUCCUAGCUAUCAGAAACAGGGAAGCCAUUCAGUAGCCUAUCUCCCAUACACAGCAUCUAGCUUACCCAAAGGUUCCAUGAAGAAGAUAGAGAUUACAGUUGAACCUUCUCAAAGACCUGGAACAGCGAUCACUAGGAGUCCUUCACCCAGCAGUAAUCAACCGUCUCCUCGGAAUCAGCAUUCACUGUACACAGCCACCACGCCACCUUCAAGUUCUCCUUCAAGAGGAAUAUCUAGUCAACCAAAACCUCCAUUUAGUGUUAAUCCUGUGUAUAUUACAUACACACAACCAACUGGACCUUCAUGCGCUCCAUCGCCGUCUCCUCGGGUGAUACCAAACCCAACUACAGUGUUUAAAAUUACUGUAGGCCGAGCAGCAACUGAAAAUCUCUUAAAUUUAGUGGACCAAGAAGAGCGCUCUGCAGCACCAGAACCUAUUCAGCCGAUUUCAGUGAUACCAGGCUCUGGGGGAGAAAAGGGAAGCCAUAAAUAUCAGAGGAGUACUAGUUCUGGAUCAGAUGACUAUGCGUAUACACAAGCCUUGCUGUUACAUCAGCGAGCAAGGAUGGAGAGGUUAGCAAAGCAGUUGAAACUUGAGAAAGAGGAGCUAGAGCGCUUGAAGGCUGAAGUUAACGCUAUGGAGCAUGACCUGAUGCAGAGACGGCUCAGAAGAGUCAGCUGCACCACUGCGAUCCCGACCCCUGAGGAAAUGACAAGAUUGAGAAGCAUGAACAGACAACUCCAGAUAAAUGUUGACUGUACACUGAAAGAAGUUGACCUCCUUCAAUCUAGAGGAAACUUUGAUCCAAAAGCCAUGAAUAAUUUUUAUGACAACAUAGAACCCGGCCCAAUUGUACCACCCAAGCCAUCUAAAAAAGACUCCUCGGACCCCUGCACAAUUGAGAGAAAAGCUCGAAGAAUUAGUGUGACCUCCAAAGUACAGGCAGAUGUCCAUGACACCCAAGCAGCAGCUGCAGAGGAGCAUCUAAGUGGCUCCAAACAGAGUCCUCAGACGCAACCCCAAGAUGAAGACUAUGAAGGGGCUCCGUGGAAUUGUGACAGCUGCACCUUUCUCAACCACCCAGCACUAAACCGCUGUGAGCAGUGCGAGAUGCCACGGUACACUUGAAUCCAGAACAGUCUGCGCCAGGUUGAGAGUGACAGUUUGUGCACUUAUCAGAAGAAAAGGAAGCAUCGGGAAUCCAGUCAUCUGCCCAGCCUUUUCAUUUCCAAUCGUGAGAGGGGAGGAGGGAUGGCACUGUGGCCGCUGGGCUCACAAAACACAAAGUGGGGAGGUUUUUAAUUUUCCUUUCUAGCUCACUGCUGAGUGAGAGACAGAAAGGGCUACUUGAAACUAGGAAAGGAGUCACUCCUGCAUGAAUGUACACACAGAGGAGUCAAGAGCUCCUCAGUGCAGUAUCAUUGCUAAACUUACUGCUGAGUGGCCCUUAUUUGUAAACUAGAACUUCAAAUCAUGGUAUGUAAUGUUACAGUUUAUGCAAACUGUGAAUUCCGAGCGCCGACUGACCUGGUCGCUGCUCUCGGGCCACCCGGGGCUCCCUCUGCUGCUCCCUGUUGCUUCCUACUGGACAGGAGAGCAGGAAAACGUACCCAGAAUAGGAUUUUUUUUUUCUCUCUGCAGAAUGAGGGUAUUUGUUAUUGCUGCUUUUUUUUUUCAGGGGUAAUUUCAAACACACAUAUGUACACAAACAAGAUGUUCUAAAAUGUGAUUUGUAGCAGUCAGGAAUUAGGCAGAUCAUUCCCUUUGAAAGUACAAUCAGAGAUAGGAAGACCCGUUUGGCUUGUAUGAUGAUUCAGCAGGCUGUGUCAGCACUGGUAAAUAAGACCUAAACAUGCCCCAUAGAUGUGCAUUUUAAGUUACUGCAUGCUUUCAUUAGGCCACUGGUUUUAAAAAUAACAAGCCCUUGCAAAGUAUGAUUUUUAUAAGUGACAUUCUCAUAAAACUGCGCUUUGCCAGUAGCAUAGUGAAUGUAUGCCAAAUGCAAGUCCAUUCCAAAAUCCAUUUGGAAAUCUUGAGCUCAACUGUGGUUCUUAAGGAAACGUUUGCAGCCCCUUGGGCCUUUGCAUUUCCUCCUCCGAUGUUGUGAUGGCUUCAUGAUGUUUACAGCACAGAUGAUACUUUGUGCCAUAAUCCUAAUUUAGCUGAGAAAAAUCGAUUAGCUCUUCAAUGAUCUAUUUGCACAUGUUAA